UGCAUUGCUUGUAUCUAAACUAACACGCCAUAUUGGAGAGCUAAGAGCAGGAGGGCAGCCGUCAGGUGUGGAAUCCAUUGGCAUCCUCUUCAAUCAGAGGAACGAUGGAGAGCCAGUACGGCAUAGUUGUUUCCAACAAGUAUUCGCUUUUCUACGAUGAUGCUGAUCCACUGGAUAUGCUUCAUCAGCAGGAAGCUAAAGUGAAAAAGAAAGACACAGUUAAAAAGGAAGUGGAUAAGUCCAAAGCUAAUAAAGCUAAUAUUAAAUCCACCAAAAAGCCAGUUGCACCCAGUCCGCAGGAAUCCAAAUCAAAGGCACCAGAACAGAGUUCACAGCGGAGAGAUGUGGUAGAAAGCAAUAGGAGAGAAAGUGCCCCUCGCGGUCAGAACAGAGGACGAGGAAGAAGUUUCCGGCCGAAUCGAGAGACUGAAUCCAAAGAUUCCAAUGAAUUUGGGGACAAUGAAACAGAGCGCCGACCUCCUCGGCGAAGGGAUGAUUUCUCGUCUGAUUAUCGCAGGGAGAGGUCAGACGGUUUUAACCGAUCUAGUGGACGUUCGGACGGUUUCGGCCGCCCUGAAGGUGGAUCUGGCAAGUCGGAAGGUUUCAGCGGUGGUCGCUCUGAAGGUUUCGGUUUCAAUCGCAACUCGGAAGAGGGCAGUUUUGGACGAUCGGAUGGCUUUCGGGGCAGAGGACGGCGUGGUGGCCGAGGCGGUGGCCGGGGAGGUCGUGGAGUUAGUUUCAGUGAUCGUGGCGGAAAAAGGGAAUUUGAACGACACAGUGGCAGUGAUAAAACUGGAGUAAAGGCAGUUGAGAAAAAGGAAGGUGGUGGCUCCCACAAUUGGGGAACAAUGAAAGAUGAUAUGGAUUCGACCAAUUCUAGGGAGCAGCUCAAAGAGACUGAGACUCAGGAGUGGAGUGCCCAAGCAGAGGAUGCCGAAAACCAGGAUCCUAAUGAGACCACUGCAGAGACCACGGAGGCCAAUCCUGAAGUGCCUGACGAAGAGCAAAUCGUCAAGCAAAUGACCCUGGAUGAAUGGAAGGCCCUGGAGAAGAAAAACCGUGUAAAAACUGAGUUCAACAUCCGCAAGCCCAAUGAAGGGGUUGAUGAGUCUCAGUGGAAGAAGACCUACGUUCUGAAAAAGAAAGAAUCUGAUGAUGAGGAUGAGGACGAGGAUGAAGACGAAGGUUAUGAAGAUGAACCUCGUCGUGGCAAGAACAUCCUCCACAACAUCAAGAUCACAUUUAAUGAUUCCCCACGUCGUGGACGUGGUGGUGGCAGACGUGGACGUGGAAGUGGUUCGGAAAGAGGCGGUGGAGAAAGAGGCACAGGUGGCCGUGGAGGUGGUCGUGCAAUCAGCAGAGCAGAGAAGAAAGGUGGACCACGUGAAUCUGCUCCAUGCAUGGAUGAUGAGAAUGACUUUCCUCGUCUUGUCCACACUGCAGCAUGAUUUUCAUGGCUUUUUUCACUUUAUUCAUGGAAAUGAAAAUGCUAUGUAAACAUAAAUCAUCUUGUUGGAUUUGCCAUGGAAUACUGAACGUUUGUACUUCAAAUAUUGAUAGAAACUGAGCGAAGAUCUCCAGCAAGUUUUUUCUAUGGUUUCAUUACCACUUUUUCACUUGAACUCAGUACUGCAUGAAGUUUGGUCUGGCAGCAGCUCUCUCCUCCAACUCUCCUUCUCUCAUGAAGUCCAGGCUGCUUUCUCUAGCAGCUGCUAUUGACUCUUAAGCUUCAAAAUUGCCAUCAACCCUGGUGGUCUUAUUAAUGAUGGACUGCUUAUUUUGUGAAUAUUUAUUACUCCUUGAAAGGAAAUUGCCCCAUCCCAUCCCCUGUUAAUUGGUGGUUGUUGUUGUGACUGCUACAGUGUAAUGGAAGCAAUUUUCCAUUCAGUGUGGAAGAGAUAAAACUAUUCUCAAUUUCCAUCAUUAAAGAGUAAUGUGUGUGUUUUUUAAAUUUUUUUUUAAAAUUUCCAUCAUUCCCCUGUUGUUCUGGUUGACCUGCUGUUGGGAAGAGGGAGAUGUUAAUGGACCAUUCAUGCAGCCGCUGUGGGCAUUUUCUGCCCUUUGCUCCUGGUGCUUACCUGGAGUUAAAUCUAUUUCCACAGCAGCAGCAGUAGCAGCAUGUGAUGUCAGAUGUGUUCAAAAAAGCUGGACGUCACUUUCUUGGAGAAUAAAAAUUGACAAUUUUAAAGUCUUGUAUUUCUUGACAACUCUUUGUUGAUUGUACCACUAUUAUCUCGCCCACCCUGUAGCAAUGUCUGCUGCUGCAGCCUCCUCUCCUGGCAAGCACUUACUGACCUCUGCAGCUGUCAUGUACAAACUCAAAAAUUAAAGACAAACAACAGUGAGA